UUAAAACAUUUAUAAACUGAAAUAUUCAAUUAAUUAUGCUGCGUGGCUGCUCGAAAUUGACGAAUUUAUCACAGAGUGUAAUAAGAAAUCUUCCGCUGAAUCCAACGCAAUUCAAACGUUACAUAGCCGACAAGUGUUGUCCGCCACAAGCGUCAGAAGACAGCGCAAAUCCAGCAGACUCCAAGCAUUCUUUCAAAAAUGACGCAUUUGUGCCACCUGACUUCGUACCGCUCUCCGCAUAUCGCGCAUUGGAUGACCCGAAGGAGGUACUCGGUCCAGGCGCACACAAAUGUAAAGACUACAAGAACCCAGAAUAUUUCGCCUACCAUCGCUUCUCAUUCUAUGAACUGCAGAACGUCGCUUUGAAUCUGGCUAAGCAUUCGGAAGGCGGUGUGCUAUACGAAGCAGAGAGUGCUGCAGAAAGCGAUGAAGAAUGUGGCGAAAAAAAUAGUGCGACAGAAACCGAGAAAUGUGAGAAAAAAGAAACAGAAACGGAAUGUAAAAAGAGCAAUGCAGAUAAAGCGAAGGAGUGAGGAUGUGUUCGGAGAAAGAAAAACUGGAAGCGAAUUUUCACUUUGAAGGAAGAGAA